CUAUGACUUCUGUGCCAGUCACAUUCACCCAUCGAUUCUCAACAAUGAACAAAUAGUUCAUAAAAAAUGAAUCGAAUAAGUCAGCGAUGACCACCAAUGUGAAUCGAAUCAAGUCCCAUUAUCCCUCAUCCUGGAUUGAAUCGCCAAACCUCAGACAGUGGAAUCACUUUUUCAUUCGUUUCAUCGAUUCGUGGUUUGAGGCUGUACGUAGGUCAAUGUUGUGGUCGUAUCAAACUUGAGUGAUUGUUAUUUGGUUUUAAACAAUUCGAAGAUGUGGAACGAUAAGUGAAUUCUAAGAGGUUUCCAUAUAUACGUUGGGGGAAUGGCUGGGCCUUCGUUGGAGUCUGGCACUGCCUAUCAUCCUCUGGGGACACCGAGGGAGAUGUGCAAUUGGAUUGCACACAUAAAACUGUCCAGAAUCAUCAUCCUGAUUGCUUCGAUUCUGUUCAUUGUUCCUCUGUUCACUCAUUAUUAUUUAUCAAAGGUAGAAGCAGAGUCUCCCCUGAUGGACAUCCACCGAACGCGUUCGAAGCUGGAGGCCUUCGAAGACUUCACCUCGAUGAAGGCGUCAGAUCUAAAAUCUCGAAUCGAAGAGAUGCUGCGAAUAAAAGUAUCCGUGAGCAAUGAAUUACGAGACCUCGAGGCAAAGCGUCAACGUCUCCAGAUGGAAGUGAGUGGUUUUACCCAGAAAAUCGACGAUCUCAAACAGGAGUUUCUGCACCAGCAGACGGACCUCGAUCGCCUCAAGAUGAGUGUUGUCCAGGCGCAGGCAGCCCAGCGUGAAGCAGUGGAACGAAACACCCCAGAGUUAGCACCUCCUAAGCGAAUCCUGACGAAUUCUCCACCCUCAACGCUUCCCAGCACUGAUCCUCAUUCCUGCAAGAUGUACAACUGCUUCGACCACAGUCGCUGCGCCCUGACGAGUGGCUUCCCCGUGUAUCUCUACGAUCCAGAUGUCUUCUCGAUAAUAAAUCCAGGUUGGGAUGUGGACGGCUUUUUGCGAACCACAAUCAAACAAACUUUGGGAUACAAUCCUCACUUGACGUCCAACCCAGCAGAGGCCUGUAUCUAUAUCGUUUUAAUUGGGGAAGUUCUGCCAGUGCCAUCAACUCGGUCCCUGGGCUUCAAAAAUCCCCUGGACACCACGAAAUUGCACUCUCUGCCCUACUGGGGUGGAGACGGGCGAAAUCACAUACUCCUGAAUUUAUCGAGAAGGGAUUUGACCCUAAUCUCUGGAAAUACCUUUACAAAUGUUGACACUGGUCGAGCAAUUAUCGUUCAGUCAACAUACAGAAGAAAUCAAUUUCGCGAGGGAUUUGAUCUGGCUGUGCCACCGAUAUUGGGACCCCCCGGAGGUGAUAUUUGGCAGGAGUGUGCCCAAAUGGUGCCAGCAAGGAGGAAAUACUUGUUGUCUUUUCAAGGGGAAAUGAAGAGCUCGAGAUCGUCGCCAACACCGAAACAGAUUGACGAUGCUGAGGUCGAUCUGGAACGGCUAGAGGACGAGAACAAUCUGGACAGUUUUAUCAUCCAACACUUAAAGGAGAUGUCGAGCGGAACGACGAUGGACCAGUUUCACCUGCAGUUCGAGUGUAUUCCAGCGUCUGAGGAGCAGAGGAAUGAGGCUUUAGACUGGUCUCUGUGUGGUACUGAAUCGUCGAGACGAGAAAUUCUGAAAGAAUCGACAUUCUCACUGAUCCUGACACCGACCAACGCCAGCUACGUUUCCACAUCCUCUAUUCAAGCUCGAUUGUACGAAGCCCUGAGGUCUGGAGCCAUCCCUGUGAUCCUGGGGGGCGAUCAGAUUGUCCUGAGUUACAGUGAAGUGAUCUCGUGGAGGAGAGCUGCUGUCCUGCUCCCCAAAGCUAGAGUGACUGAAAUGCAUUUUCUUCUCCGUGCAAUCCCUGAUAAUGAUCUCCUGGCGAUGAGACGACAAGGAAGGAUGAUCUGGGAGAGGUACAUGGGCACUGCUCAGGGGGGCAUGGACACUAUCAUAGCUUCAGUGAGGGACAGAUUGGGAAUUCCUCCUCUUCCAGCCGCUCAGGCCGCUAGUCCAAGUGUCUUCAACGAGACUUUUGUUCCAUUGAAAUCUGAUACCAUUAUCUCCGAGCCCGAAGCUGAAGAGAGCCUGGGACCACUGGAGCCUCCAUAUCCCUCACCAGGAUUCAAAAGAAACUACACAACGAUGUUCAUCCAUGGAUACGAGAUUUGGAACGACUGGAUGAAUCCUUUCAGUCUCUAUCCUCAGCUACCUUUUGACACUGUUUUACCUAGUGAUGCCAAAUUCGUUGGGUCGGAGGUGGGCUUCCGACCCAUUGGCAAAGGCGCAGGGGGUGCUGGGAAGGAAUUUAGUGAGGCACUUGGGGGCAAUCAUCCUAGGGAACAGUUUACCAUUAUCAUGCUGACUUACGAGAGGGAACAGGUGUUGAUUAAUUCACUGGCAAGACUCUAUGGUCUACCCUAUUUGAAUAAAGUUUUAGUUGUUUGGAACAGCCCUAAACCACCCAUGGAAGAUCUCAGGUGGCCGGAAAUAGGGGUCCCCAUUGUCGUUAUCAAAGCACCCAGGAACAGCCUCAAUAACAGAUUUCUACCUUUUGAUUCCAUCGAGACUGAGGCCAUUCUUUCUGUGGACGAUGAUGCCCAUUUGAGGCACGAUGAAAUUAUGUUUGGAUUCAGGGUCUGGAGGGAGCACAGGGAUCAGGUCGUUGGCUUUCCUGGGAGAUUCCAUGCUUGGGAUCAGAAUUAUCAUAAUGCUUGGAACUAUAAUUCGAAUUACUCGUGUGAAUUGUCCAUGGUUCUCACUGGGGCUGCCUUCAUUCAUAAACAUUAUACAUAUCUUUAUACAAAUUGGCUGCCACAGGCCAUCAGGGAUAAGGUCGAUGAGUACAUGAACUGCGAAGACAUUGCUAUGAAUUUUCUCAUUUCCCAUUUGACGAGGAAACCACCUGUGAAGGUGACCUCCAGAUGGACAUUCAGAUGCCCUGGAUGUCCAGUCUCCCUCUCUGAAGAUGAUACUCACUUCCAGGAACGUCAUAAAUGCAUAAAUUUCUUUUCUCAAGUGUUCGGGUACAUGCCCCUUUUAAACACUCAGUAUCGAGCAGACUCGAUCCUCUUUAAGACUCGAAUACCUCAUGACAAGCAGAAGUGCUUCAAAUUCAUAUAGAAAGUGAACAGAACAAUUUUAAAAGAAAAUGAUAGAAAAUGAAAUAUGGCUAGAGAAGAAUUCAAAUUUCUUGGACAGUUGAUCACCAAUCCACAGACGUGUGAUACUGAUUUUGGGUAGGGGAAAAUAAUGUAUUUUCAGAUUUUAAGAAAAUUUAAUGGAAUCGUAAAUUUCUCAGUAGCAAACAAAGUUUUCCAAAUACGUAAAUUUUUAGUUAUAACUCAACUAUUUAGUGACAUUCACUUUUCGAUCAUUGGAAAGUUCAUGGUUGUGUUUAUCUGAAUUCUUCUGAUUUUUAUUGACCUUUAUAGAAUGAUUAUACUACAAGUUAUCAUUUCCACUGAUUCUUCGUGAAAUUUGUAGGUUUAGAUGUGGAAAUUCAAUGAAAAUCCUAAGACGUGUACUGCCAAUGUCAUAACUCACUCGAUAACUGUCGCGCAAAAUUCAUUAUCUCCCUCUCCACACCGAAAUAAUCAUGAAUUUCGUGCUCUACGUACCUGUUCACCCUGAUACGGGCUUCGACUGCUAUUAACGUAAGUUCAAAUAUUCAAAAAGCAUCAUAAAACUCAGUCUAAUACGCCAUAACGUCGAUAGUGCUUUCCAAAAAACGUAAAAUGUUUUCUACCUAUUAGAAAGUUUGACUAAGUGAUUAAUUGACUGUAAAUAGUGUGUAGAAGAAUAUGUAUCAAUAUUUGUACAUAAAUAUUCAUUUUGAUAAGA